AUGAGGACAACUGCUUGGAACUGUAGAGGACUAGGCAAUGACCUCGCAGUUCGACGUCUAAAGGAGAUUAAGAAGAAAUUCUCUCCGGACAUCAUUUGCCUUAUGGAAACAAAGCAGCAGGAUGAUGUAGUUAGGGAUGUUUGUGGUGAUCUUGGUUUUUCUAAUGUUGUAACUGUCCCUCCUGCUGGUCUAAGUGGUGGUAUAGCUCUCAUGUGGAGUAGUUGUGUUUCUGUUUCAGUCAUCUCUCUUUCUCCAAACCUUGUAGAUACGUAUGUUGAAAUUAAUGGAUUUGGUUUCUACUUGUCUUGUGUGUAUGGUAACCCAAAUCCUAUCUUUCGCCAUCUGGUUUGGGAAAGACUUGAGAGACUUGCUGCUUCCAGAACUGGUCCUUGGAUGGCCAUUGGUGAUUUUAAUGAGAUUAAGAGUAAUGCUGAGAAGAGAGGAGGUCCUCCUCGCUCUGAGAAUUCUUUCAUUGAUUUCAGAAAUAUGCUUCAUACAUGUGAUUUCCAUGAUCUCAAGUAUACUGGUGAUCCAUUUAGUUGGGUUGGAAAGAGACAUUCUCAUGAUGUGGCUUGCUGUUUGGACAGAACAUUGGUUAAUAAUGAGUGGAUUGCGCAGUAUCCGGCUUCUCAUGCUGAAUUUUUAGAGUUGAUUGAAUCUGAUCAUCGUCCUCUUGUUACUACCAUCACUAAUGAUUUUGUGCCCCAUCAAGGUCAGUUCUGUUUUGAUAAAAGAUUGGUUGACAAAGAUGGGUUUAAAGCUGCUCCGAGGGUUACUUCUGCUAUUAAUUCUGACCUUACUAGGAAGGUUUCUGAGGAUGAGAUCAAAAGGGCUGUUUUCUCUAUAGGUGCUACUAAGGCUCCUGGUCCUGAUGGCUUCACUGGUGCUUUUUAUCAAACCUAUUGGGAUGAUAUUAAAUCUGAUCUUAUGUUGGCUGUGAGAGGUUUCUUUGAAGAAGGUAGAUUUGAUACUUAUAUGAAUCAUACAAAUAUUUGUUUGAUCCCCAAGAUUGAUGGUGCUCGCCAGUUAUGUGAUUUUCGCCCCAUUGCUCUUUGUAAUGUAAGCUACAAGAUCAUCUCUAAGAUUCUAGUGGAGCGUUUAAAAACUCACCUUGCUAGUCUUAUCUCGGAGGAACAGGCUGCUUUUAUUCCUGGUCGUGUCAUCACUGAUAAUGUUCUUAUAGCUCAUGAGCUCAUCCAUGCUUUGAAAGUCAAGAAGAGAUGCUCUAACUCUUUUAUGGCCAUAAAAACUGAUAUUACCAAAGCUUAUGAUCGUCUUGAAUGGGAUUUUCUCCAAGAAACUAUGUGUAAAUUUGGUUUUGAUGCCAAAUGGGUUGAAUGGAUCAUGAUUUGUGUCAGAACUACCUCUUAUUCAGUCAAUAUAAAUGGUGCUCCCAAGGGUUUUAUUAAACCAGAAAGAGGUAUUCGUCAAGGUGACCCGCUGUCUCCCUAUCUAUUUAUUCUUUGUGCUGAGGUCUUAAGUCACAUGUUGAAGAGAGCUGAAGAUAAUGGUUCGCUAAAAGGAAUAAAGAUCAGUAAUGGGAGUCCUGCUAUUAGCCACUUACUAUUUGCAGAUGAUUCUCUCUUUUUUUGUCAAGCUAAUAUGAAUUCAGUUUCUGUGAUUUCUGACAUUUUGCAUCAGUAUGAGCAAGCUUCUGGGCAGAGAGUUAACAAGAGUAAGUCUGCUAUUACUUUUGGUAAAAGAGUCUCGACUUCGACUAGAAAUCUGAUGCGUCGGUGUCUUCAAAUUUUUAACGAUGGAGGUUGUAGUAAAUAUCUUGGUUUACCUGAGCAAUUUGGUAGAAAAAAGGUGGAGUUAUUCCAGUUUAUUGUUGAGAAAGUGAGACAAACUACUAAAGGCUGGAGUAAUAAGUUUCUUUCUCAUGGUGGUAAGGAGAUUCUGCUUAAGUCUAUUGCUCUUGCGAUGCCUGUUUAUACUAUGAACUGCUUCAAGCUUCCAAAGAGUAUUUGUGAGGACAUUGAUCGUAUUAUGGCUGAUUAUUGGUGGAAUUCUCAAGAUCAUCGGAAAUCAGUCCAUUGGGUGGCUUGGAACCGAUUGAAGUAUUCAAAAAAUGAGGGAGGUCUUGGUUUUCGGGACAUUGAAAAGUUCAAUGAUGCUUUGCUUGCAAAACAGGUCUGGAGAAUUCUUCAAUUUCCCGAUUGUCUUAUGGCUCGUACUUUCCGGGGACGAUACUUUGCUAAUUCUAAUAUUCUCACUGCAUCUAGAGGCACUCAACCUUCUUUUGCUUGGCAAUCUAUCCUUCAUGGUCAACAAUUAUUAAAGUCUGGUUUGCGUUUUACUGUUGGAGAUGGUUCUUUGAUUCAAACUUGGCUUGAUCCGUGGCUGCCUAUCCACCCUCCUCGCCCUCCUAGGAGACUUGAUAAUAACAGUGAGGUCCAUCAUCCGUUAAAUCAGUUUUUUCUCCCAGAUAAGUCAGGUUGGAAUAUUAGAUUGUUGAGAGAACUGGUUCACCCUGAUGAUAUUCCUACUAUCCUCUCUAUCAAAAUUAGCCCUUAUCAGAGUAAUGAUUUUAUUGGUUGGCAUUAUUCGGACAAUGGGAUUUAUUCGGUUAAGACUGGGUAUUGGCUGGCUUCUCACCUUCCGGAUGCUAUCUGGAGAGAUAGACCUCCUCAUGGUGAUCCAAAUUUAAAAAGGGAUAUUUGGAAAACUCACACUGCUCCUAAGAUUAAGCAUUUCUUGUGGCCUAGACAAGAGGCAGAGGAAUGGUUUUCUGUUGAAAGUUCUCUUAUUCAUACGCCUUCUGCUGGUUCUGGUGCUUAUUUGACUAAUCCUCCCAAUCGUGGUUGGUGUAAACCAGUUUUGAACUGGGUAAAGUGUAAUUACGAUAGUGGUUUCAUUGACAAUCGUAUUCAAGCUUCUAUGGGUUGGUUGUUUAGAGAUGAUUCUGGUUCUUUCAUUGAAGCUGCUCAAGCUACAGGUCUCCCGGUUCCCUCUAUUAUUGCAGCUGAGUGUCAAGGUUUGGUUUGUGCAAUGAAGCAUGCCUGGUUGCGCGGUUUUAAUAAAGUAGUUUUUGAAGGAGAUAAUCAAGUUCUUGUUCGUCUCUUAACUGGUUCUGCUGUUCGCUAUGAUCUUCUCAAUUGGAUUCAUGAGAUCAAAGGUUUGGCUACUCUAUUCGAAGCUGUGGAGUUUACUUGGACUCCAAGAAGUAACAAUAUCCCGGCAGAUAUUUUAGCUUCUACUCAACAUUCUGCUUUAAACAAAGGAAAGCCCGGCUCCAAUCCAAGUUGUUCAAGAAUGGUGGCCUUGAGUUUCUCGACCCUUUGA